GAGAGGAAUGCCGUGGGGGCAUCAGCGGUAGGAGCCAACCAAGCAGGGAGCAGGUGAUGGGUAGCUCCAAUGAGACUGGAGGCAGGUGGGGCAGGAUUGAGAGAAGGGGAAGAGAGCGCCACAGCCCCACUAGAAAGCAGAGCGGUUGGGGCAGUCCCAAGAGGGAGGCAAGGCAGGAACACUUAGGAAGCACCAGAUACCAUGCGAGGGAACAGGGUCAGGUAAAUCCUGUUGAGGCUGGAAGCAGGCAGAGUUCUGCAUGGUGCAGGGAAAGGAACUAUCAGAACCGUAGCAGAGAUGAAGGGAGCUCAGAUAGCCCCAAGAGGGAACGUCAGAGUCCUAAUGGAGAGGUCAGAGGGCAGGGCAGCCCCGUGAGAUCUAGGGGAGCUGAGAAUCUGGAUGGAGGAGGAGCAGAAGGGGAUAGCCACGAGAGGGGAGGUGAGGAGAAGAGUACAUAUGCUGCAGGGAGAGGCAGUCCCGAGGCAAGCACUUCCUUCGCUGACCUGAUCUCUGGCAGCCCUGUAGUCCCAAAACAGUGGACGCCACGUGAAUCGGUGGUGCACUGGUGGACGCAGUGCCGGAGCACCCUGCAAAAUAAAAUGCGGGAGCAGCUGAUGUCCCUCUGCCCCCGUCCUACCUUGCCUGACCGGUCGUCUGAGACCCCACGGAUCAACCCAGAGAUCCACUCCUUGCUGAACACGAGGCAAGAGAAGGAGCUACGAAGGGCCACGCAUGUCUCACUCUUGCUGCAGGGUGAGGUUUUGGACAUGCUGGCACCAGCCAUGACCAUUUAUGAGAUGGCAGAGGAAGCAAUGGAGAAGGAUGAGCCAGUGGACCCCAUGGAGCUGCGCGAGUGGUCCCGCCAUCUCAUUCGUUUCAUUGGCAGCAUCAACAACAGGCUGAGCCUUAAGCACCGUUCCGAGGUCCUCAGCUGCAUCAACCCACGACUCAAGUCGGUGGUGUCUAAAAUGAAUGGCCAGAGCACAAAGGGGUUGCUCUUUGCAGAAGACAAAGUGAAACUGUUGAAGGAGAUCGUUAUGAGGUUCCCGCAGCUGACUGAGAUCCAGAAAUUGCCCAGGAAAAGGUUCUACCCUUUCACUCGAGUGGUCUACGACAAGCAGGCCCAGAGAAGACCCCUUUUGAGGUCCCACUCCAAGCCACUGGGCCUUGGCAAGCGAGGCACAGCAGACCAGCGAGUGGAGCAGAAGCACAGCCAAGGAGCCGGAGGGCAGGGGCCAGCCAAGUGGCACUGAGGGGCCGAGAGGCACUCGCGGUGUUGUGGCCCUUGCCAGUUGCCGUUUCUGAGAAUUCCUCCACACCAAGAAGCACCUGCAGUAUCUCGUCCCGUGAGCGACUCCGAUCCUCCAGGACAGCAGAAGGUUCAAGGGGAAAGCUCGACGUUGGCCUCUGUCUCUCUGCAGCAGCUGAGGGGGACUGGGGCCAUAGCAGCCCCCCACGAAGGCCAUCUUGCUCUUCAUCCUGGAGAGGUUUUCCUUGGGCAGCUCUGGCCGUUGGCAGUGUUCGCUCGGGGCUUACUAGGAAAGAUACACGUGCUGCAGUUCCUGUGGUCAUCUCUAUUUGGGCAGUUUCAAGCUUUGUUUUUUUUCAGUCUAAAUUUAUUGUUUUUUAUGUAAUCACCCUGCGUGGAACCGAAUGAUUCUUCUUUGGGGGCGUCCCAAAGGCUUCAUCCUUCAACUUCUGUGGGAAGGGCAGUUGAAGAGUGCCUCUUCCCCAACCUUUCUCCGUGUCCUGUGGCAUACCCACACCUUUAGAUCGUCUUUGUGACAACCAGCAAUUGGGGGCCUCCUGCAGAGUCCUGCUGUGGAGAACAUCUCCCAACAGCUCUGGUUUUAAGUGGAGCUGGAAAUUCUGGUUCCUAAUUGGGGGGGGGGAGGGGGAAAUAAUGCUUCUGUAGAAGGGACCAUUGUCUUCAAAAGGGGGCUGUAUCAGUCAGCUGCCUCUUCCACCCCCUGUGGCCAGGCAAGUGUGGGAGGGAGGCCUGCCCCCUUGUU